AUGUCCCGGUUAGAUAGAUUGGUUAUACUAUUGGAGACGGCGCUGACGCCGUUUAUCCGGAACACAGCAGCUGAUCAAUUAUCUGACUUAUCAAAGGGACAUCCGGAGGAAACCAUCAACCUUCUUGGUAGGGUAUACCCGUACUUGAAGUCACCCAAGUGGGAAACUAGAAUUGCAGCUGCGAGGGCAUUGGGAGGAAUUGUGUCACAUGCAGAACUAUGGGACCCCAACGCAAACGAUGAAGAUGAAGAGAAAGAGAAAGCAACAGCAUCGGAAGCAGAACUUGUAGAAAGGCCACAGAUAGAAGAGAUAGAAAUAACGAUAAAGAAAGAAGAAGAAGAUGGAGCUGCUGAAUUGAAAAUAAAACAGGAAGAAGAGGAAGAAUUGCAGAAAAUUGACAAUAACUUGAACAAUUUAAUUGACUUUUCGGCUUGGAAUUUGAAUGAGUUGUUGAAGAGUGGGGUAAAACUUUUAGCCAGUGAAGGCGAUGAAUAUGAAUUAAACAACAAUAAUGGCAAUGGUAAUAUUGGUGAUAGUAACGGUAAUGAUAAUAAUGAAAAUGAAAAUAGCUUGAUUCAGAAAUUGAAAAAGCAAAGAUUGGCCAUUUCUCAAGAGAUGAAAAUUGAGAAAGUGGAAACAGAACUUAUUUCUCAAGUGAAAUUGGAGACUGUUGAAGCAAUCAAUAACGAAGAAGAUGAUCAAUCUUCACUGGGUGGAACUCCAAUACCGCCUUUAACUCCCAUUUCGGCCACUACUCCAUUGUCCGGUGCUCCAGUGGGGUCUGCAGCCCUGUCAGCUCGUCUCAAAGCAAUGCAGAAGAGAAGGGCAAAGGUGAAUGCGAAAACCAAUGCUAACAAAACAAAACCUAUAGAUCUUUCACAGUCGUCCAUAUCGAGAAAAUUGGUUAAAGAUUGUGAUCCAAAUGAUGAAAAGAAUACAAACCAAGAGUUGGAUGCCUCCAAAUUUGAUAUCACGAGUCAAGGAGGAGGAGAUAAAUUAGUGGUGGAGACAAAGCCAUCCGAGUUGUCUCCUCUUAUCUCUCAACAUGCUAAGGUAGCCGGUUUGGUGUGGCAAUUUCAAGGUGUAUAUGAAUUGCUUCUUGCAGAUCUUUUUGACACCAGAUGGGAAAUAAGACAUGGUUCUGCUUUGGGUUUGAGAGAGUUGAUUAAAAAGCAUGGUAAAGGUGCUGGUAGGGUUAUGAACAAAUCCAAGGAGGAAAACGAUAAAAAUAAUGCAUCUACUCUCUCCGAUUUGGCCAUAAGGCUCUGUACGUUAUUUGCAUUGGAUAGAUUUGGUGAUUAUGUUAGUGAUACGGUGGUUAUUCCAGUUAGGGAAUCUGCUGCGCAGACUUUGGCUGCGCUAUUAAUACAUUUGAAUGAUGAAACGGUACUACAAGCAUUCGAUUCAUUAAAUCAAUUGGUCUUACAAGAAGAUAUUUUUCCAAAGUGUUGGGAAGCGCUGCAUGGUGGGAUGUUAGGAUUGAGAUACUUUGUAAGCGUUAGGACGGAUAUCUUGACUAGUGAACCCAAAUUAUUGGAUAAAGUGGUCAAUAUGGUUUUGCACGGUUUAAAAGAAAGUGAUGACGAUGUGCAGUCUGUGGCGGCAUUGACUUUGACCCCCAUAGUCAGUGAGUUUGUCAGUAAAACUAAAACUGAAAUUGUACAUACGUUGUUGACCGUGAUUUGGGACUGUUUGACAAAUUUAAAGGAUGAUUUGUCGGCAUCGAUUGGUCUGGUUAUGGACUUGUUAGCAAAAUUGUGUACUCAUAAAGAAGUUAUUGAGCUCAUGCAACAGGAUGCAGAGAGUCCAGAAGAUCUGUUACAGCUGUCCUUUGAGCUCUUGGUUCCAAGGUUGUUCCCAUUUUUAAGACAUUCCAUUACAAACGUGAGAAAAGCAGUCUUAAGGACGCUUUUGGAAUUUUUAAUGAUAGACAAUAUAUUGACUAAAAAAUGGAUAGAUUACAAGUCUAUUCGUCUUCUUUUCCAGAAUUUGUUGGUUGAGCAAAAUAGGGACGUAUUGAAGUUAAGUGUGACGGUUUAUGAUAAGAUGAUUGACGAAAUUAUGCAAAAUGCAAAUGAUUUGCCAAGUAUUGAUAGUAUCUUCAAUCAUAACAACCAUUCGCAGGCUCUUUUGACAUUAUUAAUGACACCUAUUGGAAUUGCCAGACAUAACUAUAGCAUGCAAACAAGUCUAAUCAUGAGGCCAUCCGGUACCAUGUUGGGUGGUCAAUUUGACCGAAAUAUUGAUGCUCUGGCAGAUAGGUCAGUAAGUAGUAGUAUCGAACCAGAAGAACCAGAAAAUGGAACAAAUGGUAAUGGAAAUGAAAAGCGCGGUAGAAAGAGAAAGCAACCCGAACUGCAACAGCCCCUGGGUGGCGACUCGCUCAAGAUGUCAGGGGGGAUUCCUAUAGAAGAUUCCAAUGUAAACAUAGAUGCACCUAUUUUCAAAGGUGAUGUCAUGUUGGUUGGUAUUGACACUUUCAUCCGUACAAGAAGUGCUGCUGCCACAGCAUAUGGACUCACUUUAUCUUACAUUAAGGAUAAGGAGACUCUUGAUAAGAUUUUCCAUCUACUUUUAAAUUACCUUAGAUCACCUCAUUCGACACCAAGAUUAUUUAGUUCUAUGAUAAUCCAAGAAUACGCAGGAUUUUUGAGAAAAAGAGGUGAAAAAGUGAGUGAAGUAGCCACUAGUACAUUGCUGGAUAUUUUGAAUGUAACCUUGAGUACCUCGUCUGGAUUGAUUUAUUACAGAGAAUUGGUUCCAAUAUUGAAAGGAGUCCGUACUUCUUGCUUACAACUAUUCAAUGUUUUCCUCGAAAUAGCGAAGGUGCCCCCAACGAAGAUUCCCCAAAUCCCUGUUGUGGUUCAAGGUGAGAGCGAAGCAGGUCCAAAUGCUUUUGGCUUAGAUAAUGCUGAGAAGAUUUUGUCAGAAACAUAUCCAAAGCUUAUGAAAACAUUGUCGCCUACGUAUAGAAUGAUGGCGAACCAAGCUUUGGAAGAUGCUAAGCACAGAAUUAGAAUUGCUGUUGAUGAAGCUAAAUCUUCGAUUGAGAACAGGACUACUAGUAUUUUGGCUGUGUACGCUGCUUGUAUAUUGGAGUUGGAAGGUGUUCCUAAGAAAUUAAACCCUAUCAUUCGUUCCUUGAUGGAAAGCAUUAAACAAGAAGAAAGUGAAAUUUUGCAAUUGAGACUGGCACAAGCUGUUGCCAAUUUAAUUAAAGAAUUGAAUGGUGCUUCCAAGAAGGGUGCUGCCGAUAAGAUUGUUAAGAACUUGUGUGCAUUUUUGUGUGUUGAUACAUCAGAAGUUCCUGAGAUACAUCACAAUAUAAGAUUUAAAGAUAGUAUUUUGAGUUUAAGGAAAGAAGAAGCUAAGACUGAUCCUGCUGAUAUAGCUGCUCAUGAAAGAGCAGUUCAUCAAGCAAGAAUUAAAAGAAAUGGUGCAAUGUUUGCUCUUGAUUCUCUUUUGAAAUUGUAUGGACCAGAGACAUUUAUUAAAGUCCCUAAGUUAAAAGAAAUUAUGUUAGAGCCAUUAGACUUAUUGGCUAAUGAUAAAGAGGAGACUUAUAUUGCCGACCAAUUGAAGGGUCAAAGUAUAAUUGAUUCUUUGGGUAUUGUUAGAGCAUUGUUGCGAAGAUUAGAUACGAGCUUGUAUGAUGAAAUUACAGAUCGUUUCACAUCACUCUUACCGGGAUUACAAUCAGACUACUCCAUUUUCAGAUACUCUACAGCAAAGUGCUUUGCCACAAUAUGUUCUGUCGUACCGACUAAGGCUUUCACAUUCUUGGUUCAGUCAAUCUUACCUAUGUUAAAUAAUGCAGGUGAAGUUAAAGAAAGACAAGGUGCAAUUGAGUGUAUCUAUCAUUUAUCCACUACCAUGGGCUCAGAUAUUUUACCGUAUAUCGUAUUCUUAAUUGUGCCUGUCUUGGGAAGAAUGAGUGAUUCUGACCACGAUGUAAGAGUUCUUGCGACCACUACAUUUGCAUCUAUUAUUAAACUAGUUCCACUCGAAGCUGGUAUUCCGGAUCCACCAGAUAUGCCACAAGAAUUAUUAGAAGGGAGAGACAGGGAAAGAGACUUUAUUCAACAAAUGAUGGAUCCAACCAAAGUUAAACCAUUCGACUUACCGGUUACCAUUAAGGCUACAUUGCGUAAGUAUCAACAAGAUGGUGUAAACUGGUUAGCAUUUUUGAAUAAGUAUCACCUUCAUGGUAUUCUAUGUGACGAUAUGGGAUUGGGUAAGACGUUGCAAACAAUUUGUAUUGUUUCCAGUGAUCACCAUAUUAGAGCUGAAAAGUAUGCUGAAACGAAAUCUGUUGAGUUUAGGAAAGUUCCAACUUUAAUUAUUUGUCCACCUUCUUUGACAGGUCAUUGGGAACAGGAAAUCAACCAAUAUGCACCAUUCUUGAAAGUGUUGGUUUAUGCCGGUGGUCCGUCAAUUAGAUCAGCUUUGAGAGAUCAAUUUGAAGAACAUGAUAUUGUCGUUACUUCAUAUGAUGUUUGUCGUAAUGAUGUCGACUUUGUCUCUAAGUAUGAUUACAACUAUUGUGUUCUUGAUGAAGGUCACAUCAUCAAAAAUGCUGCCAGUAAGUUAACGAAGGCUGUGAAGAAAAUCAGAGCUGAGCAUAGAUUGAUCUUGUCUGGAACUCCAAUUCAAAAUAAUGUGUUGGAAUUAUGGUCGUUGUUUGAUUUCUUAAUGCCAGGAUUUUUGGGAACUGAAAAGGUAUUCCAUGAUAAGUUUGCCAAGCCUAUCGCGGCUAGUAGAACCAGUAAGACUUCAUCAAAGGAACAGGAAGCUGGUGCAUUGGCAUUAGAAUCUUUGCACAAGCAAGUGUUACCUUUUAUGAUGAGAAGAUUGAAAGAAGAUGUCUUAAGUGAUUUACCACCUAAAAUCAUUCAAGAUUACUAUUGUGAGUUGAGUGACUUACAGAGACAACUAUAUAAAGACUUUGCGAACAAACAAAAAUCAACAGUUAAGGAAGAAGUUUCCAGUGCUGGUAAAGGAACUGCAGAUAGUGCCGUAACAACUACCGAUGAUAUGGCAACCUCAAAGACUCAUAUUUUCCAAGCAUUGCAAUACAUGAGGAAGCUUUGUAACCACCCUGCUUUGGUACUUUCCCCCCAACAUCCAAAAUUCUUAGAAGUUACACAAUAUUUGGCAUCUAAGAAGUCUGACUUGAAAAGUAUAGAACAUUCUCCCAAAUUAAUGUCCUUGAAGACGUUACUCUUGGAAUGUGGCAUAGGUGUUUCCGACAGUACUUACCAUAAAAGAAAACUGGAUCUGGCCUCUCAACUGCUGAUGCAACAAGAGCAAAUUCUUUCUAAUGAAGGUGGGGUUAUUUCUGAGCAUCGUGCAUUGAUUUUCUGUCAAUUGAAAGAUAUGUUGGAUAUCGUUGAAAAUCAGCUUUUAAAGAAGCAUUUACCUUCCGUUACUUACAUGAGACUUGAUGGUAGCACCGAUCCAAGAGACAGACAGUCUAUUGUUAGGAAAUUCAAUGAAGAUCCAUCUAUUGAUGUGUUACUAUUGACUACAAAGGUUGGUGGAUUAGGUCUCAAUUUGACGGGUGCUGACACAGUUAUCUUUGUUGAACAUGACUGGAAUCCAAUGAAUGACUUACAAGCGAUGGAUAGAGCACAUAGAUUGGGUCAGAAAAAGGUUGUCAAUGUUUACAGAUUGAUUACCAAGAAUACAUUGGAAGAGAAGAUUAUGGGAUUACAGAAAUUCAAAAUGAAUAUUGCAUCGACAAUUGUUAAUCAGCAGAAUGCUGGAUUGGCGUCGAUGGAUACGAACCAAUUGUUAGAUCUUUUCGAUGUCGAUGAACAGAAGAGUGGAGCGGGACCAGCUGAGAUUGAAAAUGGAGGAGGUGAAGAUUCCACUUCAAAUGGCAAUUUACCUACUGAUGUUACCACAUCUGGUGGACUUACAGGAAAGGCUGCAGGAGCAGUUGGGGAAUUGGCAGAUUUGUGGGACGAAUCACAAUAUGAGGAAGAAUAUAACCUUGACAAUUUUAUCAAGACUUUAAAAUGA